CGAAUACCCGGCCUUGUUUCUUCUCGUUCCUUUACCGGCUCUAAUCCAUUUACUUGCCUGUCUUGACUGCUCUACACUCCCCGACAACCAAUCGCAAGAAUGUUCAAACUUCUGCCUGCCGUUACUGUUGGCCUUGCCGCCCUUGAAAUGGCUUCAGCAGCAUGCACAAACCCAAGUGUGCGACAGCCAUGGUCUGCCCUGACCGAUGCCGAGAAGGCUUCCUACAUUGAAUCCACUCUCUGCCUGAUGGACCCUGAGAAGGCUCCUUCGAAAACUGGAUUCGCUGGCGCCAAGUCCAUCUGGGAAGAUCUUCAAGUCGCUCAUGUUGCUCAAGUUCAAUUCAUCCACCGCGUGGGAGCCUUUCUGCCAUGGCAUCGUUGGUAUAUGACUGUCCACGAGACUCUUCUCCGCGAUGAGUGUGGAUUCACCGGCCCUUACCCCUAUUGGGAUGAGCAGGCAGAUGAAGCUGCGGGCCCUCUCGGGGAGGCCAGCAUCUUCAGCCCCAGCGCUACUACUGGCUUCGGUAGUAACCUGACAGAUGCGAACAUGUGUGUCGUGGACGGCGCGUUCACCGAUAUGAAGCUCACCUUGAAAAUCGAUUUGUCCCGAGCUGAGCCAGUUUGUCUGCAACGGAACUUCAAGCAGGUGCAGUUUGACUUGAUCUCCCAGAGCUCUGUCGAUGCGUGCAUGGCUAUCGAGGAUUACGACAACUUCAACAACUGUCUCGGCGGAACCCCUCAUGUGUCCGGUCAUUAUGCUAUUGGAGGCACGAUGGACGAUGUCUCUCUUUCUCCCGCCGAUCCCCUGUUUUUCAUGCAUCACACCAACUUGGAUCGUCUCUGGUUCGAGUGGCAGAGCCAAAACGCCUCUCGACUGACUGCUAUUGGUGGCCCCAACGUUGCUUCGGGAGUUACCCUAGCUCAAGCUCAGCCUCCCUCUCUGCCCGUCGAGGCCUUCCUGCCCUACUUUAACGAUGGCGGCGACGAGACUACCCACGAUCACAUUAUGUGGAUGGCUGGCGUGGUGCCUAAUAUUACUGUUUCUGAUGCUAUCGACCCUAAGAGCGAUGGCAUUUGCAUUGACUUUUAG